ACUGCUGCUGCUGCCGCUGCCUCCAGGCCGUGCAGGAGUUCAUGAACGCCACGUGGCUGUCUCGCCACGGCGAGGCGGUGAGCCCAGCCGGGCUGCUUCUGCUCUGGUCUCUCGUCGUGGCCGCCUACACGGCUGGGGGCCUUCUGGGGGCCUUGCUGGCGGGGCCCCUCGCAGUCAGGGUGGGCAGGCGGAACGGCCUCCUGGCCAGCAACUCGUUCGUCAUCGCGGCCACCGUCGCCGUGGCUCUGAGCCAGCCCACGGGGCUCUUCGAGCUGCUCAUGGUGGGACGCUUCCUGCUGGGCAUCGACACCGGCGUGGGACUGAGUCUGCAGCCAAUGUACGUGGGCGAGUGCGCCCUGCAGCGCCAGCGGGGAACCCUGGCCAUGAGCACGGUAGUGGCACUCACCCUGGGCCUGCUCAGCGCUCAGAUCCUGGGGCUCAGGCAGGUGAUGGGCGAGCCCCAUCUGUGGCCCCUGGCUCUGUCCCUGCCCGCCCUCCCUGCCGCCCUGCAGCUGCUGCUGCUGCCCUGGCUGCCCGAGAGUCCACGGCACCUGCUGCUAGACCGCCACGAGCCGCGCCGCGCGCUCGCAGCCCUUCGAUGGCUCCGUGGAGGCGAUGGCGGUGACGAUGGCGGAGAGAGCGUGGAGCGAGAGAUGGAGCAGAUGGAGGAGGAGCGGAGCGUGCAGGUGCAGGCGAGGUCUGUGCUGGAUCUGCUCCGUGACCCGCGGAUGCGGAGGCAGAUCGUCAUCAUCGUGGGCGUUAACGUGAUGCAGCAGUUCAGUGGCAUCAACGCGAUUUACUUCUACGCCUCGUACCUGUUCAAGGAGGCGGGCAUCCCACCUGACGAGAUUCGCUACGUGACGGUGGGAACGGGCAUGGCCGAACUGACCUCCUCCAUUGUCUGCGGGAUUCUGAUCGAGUCGGUGGGUCGACGCCCCCUGCUGAUGUUCGGCUUCGCGUCCAUGGGCGGCUGCUGCCUUCUGAUCGCCGUGUCCAUGGCCCUGCAGACGACCAUCAGCUGGAUGUCCUACCUGAGUGUCGCCAUGACCUUCACUUUCAUCGUGAGCUUGGGCAUGGGACCCGCCGGGAUCGUCGGACUGCUCCCCACGGAGCUUUUCACGCAGGACGCUCGUCCAGCAGCCUACACAAUCAGCGGCUCCACCUACUGGGUCAGCUUCUUCGUCAUUGGCCUACUCUUCCCGUUCCUCAUGAAGUUCAUGGGCCCCUACUGCUACCUCAUCUUCUUCGCCGACUGCGUCACCGCCUCCUUGCUCGUGUUCUGCCUCCUGCCCGAGACCAAGGACCGCUCCUUCCUCGACAUCUCCCGCCAGCUGCAGCAGAUGAGCCUCGGGGUGAACGGGGGCCCCGCUGGGGGGCCCACCGGGGGCCCCACCGGGGGGCCGGCUGGGGGGCCACCCGCCGCCACCGCCGGCACCGCCGCCACGCGAGCGAUCGGCGCGGAGGAGGACGCUGGGACGGUGUCAAUGUUGACGCGGCUGUGA